UUUGUAUCCCAUCUUAUUCACUCUCAUAGCCUGCUCUUAUCCAACGGCUUAUGAGGGCUGUUGGGCAAUUCAAUUACCAAGUACAAUAGCGAAGGGUUUUAGGAAGUUUUCUGAAUGUAAGCAGUUCUUUAUCCUUCUUGCCUCUAAAAUAUAAAAUUACAAUCUCAAAAUUGCAGGGUUCAGCGGUGAGAAAUGGUGUGGGGGAUUACUUAAGAUCUGUUUCUCAUGAUUAUAUGACGCUGGGAGGCUGCAUUUGAGAUACUUGGUUUGGAAAUUUGAUUCCUAAAUGUAAGGAAGACUGAAAGCCUUUAAACAAGUUUCUUAAUCCAAUUUUACAUCUUACAUGGCCUUUUCUUUAGCAGUGUGGUCUUUCAAUACAGAUGGUAUUUUGCAGCAUAAUGUACAUCUGCCCCAUUAUUCAGGCUUAAAAUUCCCAAGACAAAAAGUUCUUGACAAGAUCAGAUUUUUGUUGCCUUCUAAAAUCCCAGUGAGUUCAUUUCAAGAACAAAAUCUUUAUCCCUUGAGAAAGAAGAGCAAUCUGAUUGUGUCAGCAGGGUGGAGCCUGGGAGAUCAGGAUAUAGAUAGUCCUGAUGAGCGCCCACCAUAUGAUUCCUAUAUAGACUCUAAUACUGGGGAACUGGUCCCAGCAAGAGGGGCCCGCCCAAGUAUACCUGAUAGGGAUUUCUGGUCUGGAGACACAGCUAUCCGUGCACGGCGUGGACAAACUCUUUUGCCUUCACACAAGUCUCCAAAUACCUUAAAACCAUCCAGUGGUCAAAAUCCAGGAAGCAGGAGGAAGAAGUCUAGGGUGCGCGCGGCAAUACCAAAAUCUUCAGCUGGAGAAACAGCUGACAAUGAAUUUACACCAGAACCUUCAAAUUAUUCAUCUGAAGAAGAAGAGGAAGAGACUUCAACACCAAAUGUUAUUCAGGAACUGAAAACAGAUGAGAUAGUUGAUGCUGAAGAAUUGGCUAGGAAAUAUGGGGAGCCUCACCCUUUUGUUCGUAAAAGAUCAGAAGAGUUUACACCACCACUAUUAAAUGAGGAACUAUGGUGGAACUGGCGUAAGCCUCCAAUAGGAAUGGAGCGAUGGACAGAAUGGAAGAAGACUGCUCCAAGUUCAGAUGCGGCCAUGGCAAUGGCAAUGGCAGAGGCUGGACAAAUAAAAAUUUUUGGGGAGAAACCAACAGUUGCUGAGGCUUCUCUUGCUCGAGCUCGAAAAAGAGCUCUAAAAAAUGAAAGGCUGAGUCUUGAGGAGGAAAGGAAAAGAGAGCUAGGUCCAAUGGCAUACUAUCAAGAGUGGGUGAAGGCAUGGAAAAAGGAUACUUAUAAGGAAGCAGUGCAGAAGCACUUUGAAGAAACGGGGGAGGAUGUACAUACACAGCUUGCUAAUAUGUUCCAACAUCAAACAGAAAGGGAAUAUCGCAUCAUGAUGGGCACAGAUGUGCGCAUUCUUCGUGACCCUGUAGUAAUACGCAUGCGGCCAGAACAUAAAAAAGCAGUAUUUGGAGGAGAUCCAGCAUAUCCAACUAUAAAUUAUGAACAGGCUCCGGAUCAUACUGUUGAUUAUCGAGGACCUAAUUUCCAUGAGCCAGUACGAGAGCCACUGGAUCGUAUAAGACAGAGAGGCAGACUUAUAUCACAAGAUGUAGUUGAUAAAAUACGAGCCAAACAAAGGGAGGAACAAGAAGAUGAGGAUGAUGAACUGGAUGAAGCAAUGUCUGUGGCUGUUGACAUUGGUGAAAAGAACGAUGAAGGCGAGGAUGAGGUUGAAGAGGAAGAAGAGGAUGACGUAUCUGACUUGGAAAUUGCAGACAGUCACCAGUCUUCUCUGGAACCUGGAUCAGAAGCAGAGAAGGAUUCUGGCAGAGGCACUACUGAAAAUUCAGAAUAGUCAGUUCUUGGCACCUUUGAGGAUCAACCUGAGCUAGAUGUAGCUCAAAUCAGGUUCCUUGUUUGACUGGUAGUACACUUCAAUUUGAUAGGCAAAUUGUGUGCAGCGGGUUAAGGCCUUUUAGAUUCUAAUCGUUUAGUUAUUUGGCCACCAUGAAGUUGGGCAUGAUAUUUUUAGUUGAGAUAUACUGCAGAAAUGUGAAUGUGGAAUAACAUCCAAUUCUAAGCUUUCAUUGUUUAGCGGUUGUCCCAUUAAUCCAAUGUACAUGUCAAUAUUCCAAUGGAAUAUCUUUUUGUGUUGUGCUGAUUCUUUA